GACUCGGAGCAACAUCGUAGGAGGGAGCGCCUGGAGAUGGACGCACCUGCGCGCCACAAGCCUGGACGCCAGGACUCGGAGCAACAUCGUAGGAGGGAGCACCUGGAGAAGGAGCUGUCGAAUUGGCAGAUCUCCGGCAAGGCGCCGCUGCCCGUGGUCCGUGUAUGCUUCGUCGGGCAGGGCCGGGCUGGCAAGACGACCACCCUCAGGUGCUUGAAAGGCGAAGUCCCAGAGGAAGGGCAACAAGAUUCCACCUACGGAGUGGAGGUCUGUGCCGUCCAGGCACAGCAUCAUUCCUCGUCUUCAUGGGACCGCUGCGAAACAAGUACGUUUGAUGCCAGUGCCGUCAGCGCCAUUCGGCAAUCCCAGCGAAAACAGGAGGACCUGAGCAGGGAGGAGGUGCGGAGGAAGGCUCGGGAGGACCAGCAGAAGCAGGAAGAGCCGCCGAAGGCCCGCGAGGCCCAGGAGGUUCAGCAGGAGGAGUUGAGGAAGGCCCAGAGUACGAGGUUGAGAAAGGACGAGGAGCAGAGGAAGGCUGAGGAGGCCCAGCUGCUGAAGGCCCAAGAGGCCCAGCAGAAACCGGAGGAGUUGCUGAAGGCCCCGGAGAUUCAGCAGGAGGAGCUGAGGACGGCUCGGGAAGCCCAGGAGAUGCUGGGACCACGAAAGAUGGACGACGGCCUUUUCUUGGAGAUCAACAAGUCUGAUUAUGAGGAUGCCUUCCAUCCUAGACUCCAGUGCUGGGACCUUCCAGGACAAGCAGAGUACGCACAGUGCAACCUCCUCUACUUCCACGGCAAAGGCAUCUAUUUGGUGUUCGUGGAUGCUAGGCAAACCCUGGAUCAGGCUUGGCACGAGCUCCAACUCUGGUUGUGGUUCGUGUUUCACGGUGCUACAGAUGGCACGGGUGCCGCCAGCAACGACACUGCAGCUCCACCGGUCCUCCUGGUUGCCACAAAGUGGGCGAGGAAGGGGUUUGACGAGGAAGAAUUGGAUACUCGGAUUGAAGAGCUCAUGGAUAUGCUGCCAAGGUUGCGAGACCAACUGCAAAGAGGCCCAGGACCUUCCGACUGCCGGUCCAAGUGGCUUUUCCCUGUGGAGAACUUCGCUGAGGACGUCGACGGCUACAUCCGCCCGCUCCGCGAGCGGCUGCACGCGCUGUCUACAGAACUUCUGUUGCCACAGCCACCCCGGACAGACGUGGUAAAUGCGAAGCCGCACGCGGGCCUGCAGUCGCAGCUUUACCCUGUCGCCUGGCUGAGAGCCCACGACCUGCUCACGGAGCUUGGCGGCGGCAAGAACGCCAAGUCCCCAAAAGAACAGCUCGAAGCACAAGCGUACGAGGCUCUUGGUAGCAGGAUGGACCUCACAACAGGGUUCAAGUUCAACCUGACGUCAAACCAGGAGAUGCAGACCUUCAGUGGCGAGAAGAUGGUCGCACCAAAAGGUGCAUGCGUCGAAGUCCUCCGAAUUGACAGGAACAGCACGACUCUCGACGUGAAUGUUUCCUGCACCUCACUGGGGCUGUCGCAGGUGCGGGAGCUCUUGGAAGGCCUCAGGCCAACACCGAUAAGCGGAACCGAAGUGUUGCACGUGCUGAGGUUGCUUCACAGUUUAGGCACGCUCCUGUGGUUUCAGGAAAAGGGCUUGGAGGAGCACGUCCUCUUGGACAUUGGAAAGGUGGGCGUGGCCCUUGCAAAGGUCAUCAGCCUUCGUUUCUGGGCUGAAAGCCGCCUUCAGCACUCGGAGCACUACAAGCAGGGGUUGCGAAAGAGUGCAGCUCGCGUGCCCAAGACAACCCUUCGCCGCUUGCACACCGACGGCGUGGCCACGCGCGAGCUGCUGAAUGAGCUGUGGAGGGGAGACUUCGCCCCAGGAGAGGCAGAGGCAAUGACCGCUAUUUUGCUCAAGACCAUGGAGCAGAAGGGGCUGCUCUUGAGACGGGCCUUUGAGAACGAGUUUGUAGUGCCCUGCUGCCUGCCAAAGGUUGCAAUGAUGCCGGAAUCGCCACAGAAAAACGGUGAGGUCUGUUACAUGGACAUGCGCGGCCUAGUCUCUCCGACCAUCUUGGCAAAGAUUGCGGCGCAGGUGUGCGAGCAGGUGCGUGUAUCCUGCGGCACGGGCAAGCUGAGCCCCGGCCCCCCUCAAAUCUUCCGGAAUCACGUCGAGCUGCGCUCAGAGACGGCUGUUGCAAGCCUCACCCAGCCUUCUGUCGAGGGCACGCAGCUCCUCAAGAUUCGUGUGCAACCGAGCUCGUUCUCCUUAGAGCCUGACGAGGAUACAGAAGAAACAAGAGUUUUGAGCGUCGAAGACAUUGUGGACUACUUCUUUGCUGCGUUGGGCAUGGAUAGGAAGGAGGAGCGCAGCAUCAAGGUGUACGCUCGCCAGCACAUCCCGUACGAUCCAGAAGUUUUCUUCAGUGCCUGCGGCCAGAAGGACUGUUAUCCUGCAAAUUCGCGUUGUUGGCGCUGCCAGCUCUUACAAGAGCGCUUCCUCCCCGACCUAAGCGACAAGCUUCGGGACGUGGUAAGGCGUGUCUCCUUUCAAGGAGACGUCCGCCCUGCUGGAAGUUUCAAGUUCAAGAGCACAAGCUUCCCAUGUGAUGUCGAUCUGGAGGAGUACGUCGUGCUCAGCACGGACGAUGAAGCUGCCGCGCUGUCCCACCUGGCAGGUCGCCUUCAAGAAAUCUGCAAAAGAUGCAGCCAGCUGGGAGCAGACAUUCUCUGGGCCGGACUCAAGGCGGGGAGAAGCAACCCUGCGAGCGAUGCCAAGGAUGCCAAGUUCCUCACUUGGACCACAGAAGAUAUCAGCAAAGGCAGCAAGCCCCGUUGUUCCCAAGAUGCCCAGACAAGGAUCUCUUUGUCAGAGGCUCUCAAGGAGGGCAACAAGUCGCGAUCGGCCUUCAUAAGCAUAUUCGCAAAGAUCAAUCUGUUCAAGAACCAGGCGUCUGCACCUCGUUUCUUCGAGGUCACGAACGUCAUCCGCUUCGGCUACAUGUGCGGCAGCCAGAUCAAGCCUGUGACGGGAGAGUGCGACUUCCUUUCAGUGGUGGAGGAGCAGCUGGAGGGCUACUGCGGGCCAACUCCCAAGGCCGUGAAGUAUGUCAAACGCCUCUGGGAGAGGGCGAUUUACUUGCUGCAGCGGAACAUGACAGUAGACGCUAGCCGCGUCAUGCUCGAGGCUUUGCAGCCGAUGUUGAGCCACUGGGUGGCAGAGAUGGGCCAGAUCGCAGCUCAUGCGGAGACUUUGCGAAACAUGCUGCAACUGGAGCUGUGCGACGUGCAUGACGCAGUCCGCGAGGACUUGGAAGUCUUCGGUGGAAGCUUGAAGAGCAUGAGGCGGCAGCUUGAGGAGAAGGAGCGCGGGGUCAACAAGCAGUGGCCAUGGGAGGUCGCCGCAGCGGCAGAGGCUGCGGAAACUCUUGAUUAUCUCAUCGGGCGUCUCCCAUGCGAGACCAAAGGUGAUGACAUGCCCACGUGCAGGCUUCAGGAGGCAGAAGAGUUGUUGGAGGCGUGCGUGGAGACUGUUCUUGGGCACUGGCUGCGAACGCUUCCAAAGGUCACGCGACCGCUUCAAGGAAAUUGGAGGUUUCCCUCAGACCAUCUGCCCAUUGCUGCUGCAGUUCAUCUGCAAGGUGCAAAGCUCACCAUUAACGCCUGCUCGUGGAACGUGCUCAGUGAGGCCCGAGGCUUGAACGGUCCCGUAAUGACAGCCGAUGACGAUGACGAAGGUCGCCAGGAACACAUCGUCGACGUUGUCGAGCAGAUGCUCCUGCACGAAGCAUAUCCCAAACAUGUGUUAUGCCUCCAGGGGUGCCGGCAGCAACUGCUCCGAAGGGUGAAGCAAAGACUCGGACGCGAAGAUGUGCAAACCGACUUUGCAGUGCUCGCGUCCGGCAGCAGAAGUGGCCAAGAGCAUCAACAGGUCAUCAUCUAUGACACAGCCUACCUGACACUGCAGUUCUUUGAUGCCGAGCCCCUUGCCGACAGCAAUCUCAGGAAGGCCAUGGAGGAGUAUCAAUUCGGCUUCCAGGGUAGAACAGACAAGCUUCGAGUUCUGGCCGCGCACCUGCCGGAUGAUCCUUCAACUUUCCGACCAUGGCGCCGCCGCGAGUUCUCAGAGUGCCUCUGCAGGUAUGCGGACUUGGCCCAGAUGCCCACGCUCCUCCUGGGUGACCUCAGCUUCUCGGAGCAGGCUGUUGGCCCGCUGCUGAAGCACCGCGGCCAUAGCCCUGAUGCUCGCUUUGUACCCAUCCCCUAUCCGACGACCAUCUGCGAGGGCUCGCUGCUUCCCAAGCGCACCGACAUUAUCGCCUUGCUCUCCCCAAAGGACAUGAUCCAGGCCGAACCGCUCGCAGCGAACAACGUGGUGCCAGAGCUGCAAGAGCAAGUGGACCUGCUGCGUUCGAGGUCAUUGGGGCUCGCCGACUGUGAUGGCCUAGACUGGACCCUGGACCUGGAGCCGUCGGAGAGCUUCAGAGGAGCCGUCGACAGUGACAUGCCCCGUCCCCCGCACAUGGAGGCCGCCCCGGCCUCCCGCAACUCAGCGACCACGUUGGCCGGGCCAGCUGGCAGCGCGCUGCGCAAGGGCACGGUGCCGUGA